GGCCCCGGAAGCGGAAGCCUGGGAAGUUGCUCACAUUUGCAAACCCGCGACAGAGCACUUCGGCGCGCGAGUCGACGGCUAGGAAGAGGAUAAGGGAGCAGCCAUGAGCCUCUUAAACAAGCCCAAGAGUGAGAUGACCCCAGAGGAGCUGCAGAAGAGAGAGGAGGAAGAGUUCAACACGGGGCCCCUUUCUGUUCUCACCCAGUCUGUGAAAAACAAUACUCAGGUGCUGAUCAACUGUCGAAACAACAAGAAGCUGCUUGGCCGGGUCAAAGCCUUUGACAGGCAUUGCAACAUGGUGUUGGAAAACGUUAAGGAGAUGUGGACAGAGGUGCCCAAGAGUGGGAAAGGCAAGAAGAAAUCGAAACCUGUCAACAAGGACCGCUACAUCUCCAAGAUGUUCCUGCGUGGAGAUUCAGUCAUUGUGGUGCUGAGGAACCCCCUAAUUGCUGGCAAAUAAUAGGCUGUCAGCAGGCUGUAGGUGCUUGAGAGCCUAGUCCAGCAAAGAGCUGUCUUUGGGGUAAACACCAAGAGACUGUUAUGGUUCGCUGAUGGCUUUAGCCAAUAGCAUCUUCUUAGCAGCUGCCUGCUCUUUGAAUCAUUUUUGUGCCACGAGUAUUCAGUACCCCGAUGAAAGAAAGUGCAAGGCUUCUUGCUAUUCAUAGAGCUGGCAGAUGUAUUUUCCAAUCCCAGACACCUGGUUAUGUUCAUAUAUGUGGCCUGAUGACCUUUUCUUUUGUAAUAAACAUUUUGUUACAAUCCUCUUUCUGCUUUUUUGUCUGGCACAGGCUCUUCUGCCUGGUGAAAUUUCUGAUGGCAAUGAAGGGGAUGGGAAUCUUGUGGCUGGUGGGAGCUGAGCUGUGGGUUACAUGCUUGGAGCCUGAAGUCCUCUGCUCAGAGAGGGCGUUAGGUAGGACAAGAAGCCACUGAAAGCUUUUGACUUCUCCCCCUGAGAUAGGUCUAUCUCUAUCCUCUCACCUUAUCAGCAUUCCCUACAGUUGACCAGCAAGUGCAGCAAAACAUCUUCCUUAUCUGGUAUGAGAACAAAAGUUGUGUUCUGGGCCCUGGUGGCUUCACUAACCUGGCCAGAGCUCCCUGCAAAUCCUAGAGCAGGCAUCCCCAAACUUUGGCCCUCCAGAUGUUUUGGACUACAAUUCCCAUCUUCCCCGGCCACUGAGAGUUCUAGGCCAAAACAUCUGGAGGGCCGGAGUUUGGGGAUGCCUGUCCUAGAGCUUGAAACAAGCCUGCUGUUGAGGCAUGUAGGUAUUAGCUGAAAGGUAGAGAAAGGUUCUUCACUUCUGUUCCCCCCACUCCUUAAAAAUAUAUCCAGACUCUUAAAAACUUAACGUGUCUUGUUCAGAAUGAAAUCUAGAGAUAGAAAAAUUUAUGCAAUGCGCACGUAGCUGAAGCAAAAUCUGCACCAAUUUGCAGUCUUGGGAAUUUUCAAAUUCAUAUCCCAAAACAUUGCAUAAAUGUUUUAUUGAUCGGCAGCUGUGAAUGGAGGGAUUUUUGUAUUCGUCCUUAUUUUUAUGGUGUAUUUUGUGUUUUUAAUAUUGUAAUUUUAUGUUGUGAACCUCCCUGAGAAUCUACAGGUAUAGGGCGGUGUACAAAUUUAAUUAACAACUGCAGGGUAGGGAUGCUUCUGCAUCAAUUUGCCAGCAUUGGUGUUUCAUCAUAUAUUCUUUAAAAAUCUGAUAGCAUCCUUGAUGAGUGUUGUGAAGGACCCCUGACAGUUAAGUCCAGUCGCGAACGACUCUGGGGUUGUGGCGCUCAUCUCGCUUUACAGGCCGAGGGAGCCAGCAUGACUAAGCCACUUCUGGCGAAGCCAGAGCAGCACAUGGAAACGCCGUUUACCUUCCCGCCGGAGCGGUACCUAUUUAUCUACUUGCACUGUGUGCUUUUGAACUGCUAGGUUGGCAGGAGCUGGGACCGAGCAACGGGAGCUCACCCCGUCGUGGGGAUUCAAACCACCAACCUUCCGAUCGGCAAGUCCAAGCGGCACAGUGGUUUAAAUCACAGCGCCACCCAUGUCCCCGAUGAGUGUUGUAAAACCACACAAAUAAAGUGACCAUUACAAUUUAUUAUUACCACAAUUUAUUUAUAUACUGCUGUUUGGGCUCCCAAAGCUUUGAACAGAGUAGUGAAGCAAAAUGCACAACGGAGCACAAGCAAGUGCCAUAAAUCAGUCACCGAGCCAAACAAUAUAAGAGCAGAGUUGCAAUGAAGAAAAGCCUUCCCAAGUUAGAAGAUGAAAGGCUGUGCUCCCCAACUGCGCACCCCACACACCUGGGGGCUGGAAACUUGAACAGGCAAUGAAAUCUGUUUUUU